CUGUGAGAUUUAUUUCGUCAGGCAGGACGAGAAGGAGCAAAUCAAAAUCAAAAUCCAAGUCGAAGUUCUAACUUAUAAAUUAUUGCAACAAAAUACAGAAUUUAGAAUACAAACAUCAGGCGAAGUCCCUUCACAAUGUCGGUAAUGCGUGCGCUGGGCUUGCGUCUCCAUAAUCAGUUCCAGCAAGUACUUCCCCAGCGGGGGGCGGUAAUGGCAAUGAUGCGUCGUGGGACCCAUCACGACGGUACACGCCUGAUGAGCGGCGAUCGCGAGGUGGUCGGCUACGGCGUGAACGGCAAUCCCAUCUACAUCGACUGCGUGGAGUUUCCGUUUCCGGCGAUUCGCUAUCGCGAGGUCACGGCCGAGCUGUGCGCAGUGCGCGAAAAGGAGCUGGGCGACUGGAAGAAGCUGUCGCUCAAGGACAAGAAGCUGCUGUAUCGGCACAGCUUCUGUCAGACCUACGCCGAGUUUCAGCACUUCACGCCCGACUGGAAGCUGGUCAUUGGCGUUGGCUGUUGGUCAGUCGCCAUUGGACUACUUCUUUCGCUGUCCUACUACUUCAAGCUUUAUGACCCCGUGCCGGAGACGUUUGCCGAGGACCGCCGCCAGGCGCAGCUGCGUCGCAUCAUUCAACUGCAGAUGAACCCCAUUACCGGACUGUCCUCCAAGUGGUGCUACCACACCAACAAAUGGAAGUAGUUGGUGACCACGGAUCAAGCUGAUCGGAUCCACCAAGUACACAUACCACAAAACCACUCGAUAGCACAUCAAUCUAAACUCCACCCAACGCCAAUGCACAUCGUUAACGCAGAGUCGAGAACAGAAUUCAAAUCAAUCGACAACCUUAAUCGAUUUCACACGAACAUAAUCAAUAACGAGAAGUGAUAGAAAACCUUAAUCGAUUUCACAAGAACAUAAUCGAUCAAUUAUAGACAACCUUAAACGAUUUUACAAGAACAUAAUCGAUAACGAGAAGUGAUAGAAUGAUAGACAACCUUAAUCGACUUCACAUGAACAUAAUCGAUAAAUUAUAGACAACCUUAAACGAUUUUACAAGAACAUAAUCGAUAACGAGAAGUGAUAGAAUGAUAGACAACCUUGAUCGAUUUCACAAGAACAUAAUCGAUAAAUGAUAGACAACCUUAAUCGAUUUCAUAAGAACAUAAUCGAUAACGAGAAGUGAUAGAAUGAUAGACAACCUUAAUCGAUUUCACAAGAACAUAAUCGAUAACGAGAAGUGAUAGAAUGAUAGACAACCUUAAUCGAUUUCACAAGAACAUAAUCGAUAACGAGAAGUGAUAGAAUGAUAGAAAUCCUUAUCGAUUUCACAAGAACAUAAUCGAUAACGAUAAACGAUAGAAUGAUAGACAACCUUAAUCGAUUUCACAUGAACAUAAUCGAUAAAUUAUAGACAACCUUAAACGAUUUUACAAGAACAUAAUCGAUAACGAGAAGUGAUAGAAUGAUAGACAACCUUAAUCGAUUUCACAAGAACAUAAUCGAUAACGCUAAAUGAUAUAAUGAUAGACAACCUUAACCGAUUCACAUGAACAUAAUCGAUAACGAGAAGUGAUAGAAUGAUAGACAACCUUAAUCGAUUUCACAAGAACAUAAUCGAUAAAUGAUAGACAACCUUAAUCGAUUUCACAAGAACAUAAUCGAUAACGAGAAGUGAUAGAAUGAUAGACAACCUUAAUCGAUUUCACAAGAACAUAAUCGAUAAAUGAUAGACAACCUUAAUCGAUUUCACAAGAACAUAAUCGAUAACGAGAAGUGAUAGAAUGAUAGACAACCUUAAACGAUUUCACAUGAACAUUAUCGAUAAAUGAUAGACAACCUUAAUCGAUUUCACAAGAACAUAAUCGAUAACGAGAAGUGAUAGAAUGAUAGACAACCUUAAUCGAUUUCACAAGAACAUAAUCGAUAACGAGAAGUGAUAGAAUGAUAGACAACCUUAAUCGAUUUCACAAGAACAUAAUCGAUAACGAGAAGUGAUAGAAUGAUAGACAACCUUAAACGAUUUCACAUGAACAUUAUCGAUAAAUGAUAGACAACCUUAAUCGAUUUCACAAGAACAUAAUCGAUAACGAGAAGUGAUAGAAUGAUAGACAACCUUAAUCGAUUUCACAAGAACAUAAUCGAUAACGCUAAAUGAUAUAAUGAUAGACAACCUUAACCGAUUCACAUGAACAUAAUCGAUAACGAGAAGUGAUAGAAUGAUAGACAACCUUAAACGAUUUCACAAGAACAUAAUCGAUAACGAGAAGUGAUAGAAUGAUAGACAACCUUAAUCGAUUUCACAAGAACAUAAUCGAUAACGAGAAGUGAUAGAAUGAUAGAAAUCCUUAUCGAUUUCACAAGAACAUAAUCGAUAACGAUAAACGAUAGAAUGAUAGACAACCUUAAUCGAUUUCACAUGAACAUAAUCGAUAAAUUAUAGACAACCUUAAACGAUUUUACAAGAACAUAAUCGAUAACGAGAAGUGAUAGAAUGAUAGACAACCUUAAUCGAUUUCACAAGAACAUAAUCGAUAACGCUAAAUGAUAUAAUGAUAGACAACCUUAACCGAUUCACAUGAACAUAAUCGAUAACGAGAAGUGAUAGAAUGAUAGACAACCUUAAUCGAUUUCACAAGAACAUAAUCGAUAAAUGAUAGACAACCUUAAUCGAUUUCACAAGAACAUAAUCGAUAACGAGAAGUGAUAGAAUGAUAGACAACCUUAAACGAUUUCACAUGAACAUUAUCGAUAAAUGAUAGACAACCUUAAUCGAUUUCACAAGAACAUAAUCGAUAACGAGAAGUGAUAGAAUGAUAGACAACCUUAAUCGAUUUCACAAGAACAUAAUCGAUAACGAGAAGUGAUAGAAUGAUAGACAACCUUAAUCGAUUUCACAAGAACAUAAUCGAUAACGAGAAGUGAUAGAAUGAUAGACAACCUUAAUCGAUUUCACAAGAACAUAAUCGAUAACGAGAAGUGAUAGAAUGAUAGACAACCUUAAUCGAUUUCACAAGAACAUAAUCGAUAACGCUAAAUGAUAUAAUGAUAGACAACCUUAAUCGAUUUCACAAGAACAUAAUCGAUAAAUGAUAGACAACCUUAAUCGAUUUCACAAGAACAUAAUCGAUAACGAGAAGUGAUAGAAUGAUAGACAACCUUAAACGAUUUCACAUGAACAUUAUCGAUAAAUGAUAGACAACCUUAAUCGAUUUCACAAGAACAUAAUCGAUAACGAGAAGUGAUAGAAUGAUAGACAACCUUAAUCGAUUUCACAAGAACAUAAUCGAUAACGAGAAGUGAUAGAAUGAUAGACAACCUUAAUCGAUUUCACAAGAACAUAAUCGAUAACGAGAAGUGAUAGAAUGAUAGACAACCUUAAUCGAUUUCACAAGAACAUAAUCGAUAACGAGAAGUGAUAGAAUGAUAGACAACCUUAAUCGAUUUCACAAGAACAUAAUCGAUAACGAGAAGUGAUAGAAUGAUAGACAACCUUAAUCGAUUUCACAAGAACAUAAUCGAUAACGCUAAAUGAUAUAAUGAUAGACAACCUUAAUCGAUUUCACAAGAACAUAAUCGAUAAAUGAUAGACAACCUUAAUCGAUUUCACAAGAACAUAAUCGAUAACGAGAAGUGAUAGAAUGAUAGACAACCUUAAACGAUUUCACAUGAACAUUAUCGAUAAAUGAUAGACAACCUUAAUCGAUUUCACAAGAACAUAAUCGAUAACGAGAAGUGAUAGAAUGAUAGACAACCUUAAUCGAUUUCACAAGAACAUAAUCGAUAACGAGAAGUGAUAGAAUGAUAGACAACCUUAAUCGAUUUCACAAGAACAUAAUCGAUAACGAGAAGUGAUAGAAUGAUAGACAACCUUAAUCGAUUUCACAAGAACAUAAUCGAUAACGAGAAGUGAUAGAAUGAUAGACAACCUUAAUCGAUUUCACAAGAACAUAAUCGAUAACGCUAAAUGAUAUAAUGAUAGACAACCUUAACCGAUUCACAUGAACAUAAUCGAUAACGAGAAGUGAUAGAAUGAUAGACAACCUUAAUCGAUUUCACAAGAACAUAAUCGAUAACGAGAAGUGAUAGAAUGAUAGACAACCUUAAUCGAUUUCACAAGAACAUAAUCGAUAACGAGAAGUGAUAGAAUGAUAGAAAUCCUUAUCGAUUUCACAAGAACAUAAUCGAUAACGAUAAACGAUAGAAUGAUAGACAACCUUAAUCGAUUUCACAUGAACAUAAUCGAUAAAUUAUAGACAACCUUAAACGAUUUUACAAGAACAUAAUCGAUAACGAGAAGUGAUAGAAUGAUAGACAACCUUAAUCGAUUUCACAAGAACAUAAUCGAUAACGCUAAAUGAUAUAAUGAUAGACAACCUUAACCGAUUCACAUGAACAUAAUCGAUAACGAGAAGUGAUAGAAUGAUAGACAACCUUAAUCGAUUUCACAAGAACAUAAUCGAUAACGAGAAGUGAUAGAAUGAUAGACAACCUUAAACGAUUUCACAUGAACAUUAUCGAUAAAUGAUAGACAACCUUAAUCGAUUUCACAAGAACAUAAUCGAUAACGAGAAGUGAUAGAAUGAUAGACAACCUUAAUCGAUUUCACAAGAACAUAAUCGAUAACGAGAAGUGAUAGAAUGAUAGACAACCUUAAUCGAUUUCACAAGAACAUAAUCGAUAACGAGAAGUGAUAGAAUGAUAGACAACCUUAAUCGAUUUCACAAGAACAUAAUCGAUAACGCUAAAUGAUAUAAUGAUAGACAACCUUAAUCGAUUUCACAAGAACAUAAUCGAUAAAUGAUAGACAACCUUAAUCGAUUUCACAAGAACAUAAUCGAUAACGAGAAGUGAUAGAAUGAUAGACAACCUUAAACGAUUUCACAUGAACAUUAUCGAUAAAUGAUAGACAACCUUAAUCGAUUUCACAAGAACAUAAUCGAUAACGAGAAGUGAUAGAAUGAUAGACAACCUUAAUCGAUUUCACAAGAACAUAAUCGAUAACGAGAAGUGAUAGAAUGAUAGACAACCUUAAUCGAUUUCACAAGAACAUAAUCGAUAACGAGAAGUGAUAGAAUGAUAGACAACCUUAAUCGAUUUCACAAGAACAUAAUCGAUAACGAGAAGUGAUAGAAUGAUAGACAACCUUAAUCGAUUUCACAAGAACAUAAUCGAUAACGCUAAAUGAUAUAAUGAUAGACAACCUUAACCGAUUCACAUGAACAUAAUCGAUAACGAGAAGUGAUAGAAUGAUAGACAACCUUAAUCGAUUUCACAAGAACAUAAUCGAUAACGAGAAGUGAUAGAAUGAUAGACAACCUUAAUCGAUUUCACAAGAACAUAAUCGAUAACGAGAAGUGAUAGAAUGAUAGAAAUCCUUAUCGAUUUCACAAGAACAUAAUCGAUAACGAUAAACGAUAGAAUGAUAGACAACCUUAAUCGAUUUCACAUGAACAUAAUCGAUAAAUUAUAGACAACCUUAAACGAUUUUACAAGAACAUAAUCGAUAACGAGAAGUGAUAGAAUGAUAGACAACCUUAAUCGAUUUCACAAGAACAUAAUCGAUAACGAGAAGUGAUAGAAUGAUAGACAACCUUAAUCGAUUUCACAAGAACAUAAUCGAUAACGAGAAGUGAUAGAAUGAUAGACAACCUUAAACGAUUUCACAUGAACAUUAUCGAUAAAUGAUAGACAACCUUAAUCGAUUUCACAAGAACAUAAUCGAUAACGAGAAGUGAUAGAAUGAUAGACAACCUUAAUCGAUUUCA